AUGUCAGUCGCAAAGCGGCAAGAGGAGACGAGAGACGAGAGACGAGAGAGCGCCGCUAGCAACCGAGCACAAAUGGUAAACGAGGACGAGGCCAAGGCAGGGCCUGCAGAAGGCCAAAAGUAUGGCAAUGAUAAGAAAUACCAUGGACAAAGGGGCGCAGAAUGGGGCAACUUUCGGAGAGGGUGCGGCCGGAAUUUGCCAUGCCGUGGCAUGUCGGUCGGUCUUGCCAUUUAA